AUGGCAACUAUAGGUGUGCAAGAAAUUCGUCCUCCAACUCUUUCUCCUACUUCCGAACCACCACCUCUUUUUGAUGGAACUACCAGGUUAUACAUGAGUUAUACAUGCCCAUUUGCUCAACGUGUAUGGAUCACUAGGAACCAUAAGGGACUACAAGAAAAGAUCAAAUUGGUUCCUUUGGAUCUUCAAAACAAGCCUGCUUGGUACAAAGAGAAAGUCUACCCAGAAAAUAAGGUGCCUUCUCUCGAACACAAUGGUAAGGUUAUAGGUGAAAGCAUUGACUUGAUCAAAUAUGUUGAUACAAAUUUUGAAGGACCAUCCCUAGUUCCUAAUGAUCCAGCCAAGAAGGAAUUUGGAGAGGAGUUAAUAAAGUAUGUUGAUACUUUUACCAAAGAUGUGUUUGGUUCAUUCAAGGGUGAACCUGUGAUACAAACAACUGCUUCGUUUGACUAUUUGGAGAAUGCUCUUGGCAAAUUUGAUGGGCCAUUCUUCCUUGGUGAAUUUAGUUUGGUGGAUAUUGUGUAUAUUCCAUUCAUUGAAAGGUUCCAAUUUGCUUUCUCGGAAUUGUAUAAGCAUGACAUCACAGCUGGAAGACCUAAAUUUGCAAUAUGGAUUGAGGAGCUGAACAAAAAUGAUGCUUACAAGCAGACAAAACUUGCUGAUCCACAAGAAUUUGUUGCCUUCAUCAAGAAGAUCUUCUUGGGACAGAAGUAA